CUUUGGCGCCGCGGCAUUAUUUGGGGUAGUUAUUGAUCAACAAAACUCCGAAGCUGACCCACUCUUCACUUCUUCCUUCUCUCACCGCCAACCAUUUUCCAUCCUCAAUUUCUCCAACUCCAAUUCUCUGCUUUCAUGUCAAUUAACCAUAACAAUUCUUCCAUUUCCCUCCUUCCCCUUCUUCUUCUUUUUUUCCUUCAAUCAUGCCCGGAACUAUCAGACUUUCAGUUCUGGAGUUCAUCGACCUUCCCGAGCUACUGCCUUCUCAAAUUUCGAUUAAGGUUUCCAUGGGGAAAAGACAUUACGAAACUUCGGAUAAAGGAGAUUUCUCAUUUCCAUUGACAACUCUGCGAGAUGAUGUGAUUCUUAUAGUUCAGGAUGCUGGGGGGAACGAGAUAUCACGUGCAGGUGUUCAGGCGAAAUCAAUAGUUGAGAAGGGUUAUUGGGAUGAUCUUUUUCCUCUUGAAGGAGGUGGCCAUGUGCAUUUGCAGUUCCAGUUUGCUCUUAGUGAAGAUGACCGCAGUCGAAUUCGAAUGAUGAGAGAGACCGCUUUGAGAAGAAAACAAGUUGAGCGUCAAGAUAGAAAUCUCAGAAGCUCAGGAAGCAACAUUGGAUCAUCUUUUUACCGCAACCCUGAGCUCUCAGAUUCACAAAAAUGUCUUCUUCAAAUUGGGGAUCUAAGUGCUAAAGGACCAACUCAACAAUCUACAUCAACAUCAACUGAAAAUAUCUCUGAUGGGAAACCAAUUACUGAAAGAACAAACAACGUUCAACUUGAUCAGAAUGAUGCAAAUAGAACUAAGCGUAAUCCAUCGACAACUCCUCAGUUGCAAGAAGUUGAUGCUAAUAAGCCAAAGGUAAAUAACACUGUAUUAGUUGAGAGGAUAGAGAAACAAUCACCUCAUGCAAACAAACGUUCACCGACCAUUCGUUCCGAAGAAAACUUGUUCAAUUCUCAAGGCACAGAGUUAUCAAAUUCUUCAUCAAAAGGUGAAGAGAAGACCGAUGCUACGGGGACACCAUCACGUAGGAGAGCUCCUGGGAAUGUUAAAAAAUUAUUAAGUGCAUUUGAAAGUAGCCUGACUCAGGACACAAAACCUCGCAUUAAACCUACCUUAAGAAAUGCUCAACACAGUGUGGUAGAAAAGCAAACAUCUUUGAGAGUUAAUCAAUCGAAGAAACCCUCCGAGGAUAAUACCAAGGCUAUACUGUCACAAACACCAAUCGGCCCUCCUCUUGCAGGUGAGUUGACCCAUGACUUGGCAGAUAUCAAGCAAAAGGAACAGAAACGUAAAUUCAUUGAGGCUCGAGAUGGGACUAAAAUAUUUGAAGACCCUGGGCAAUCACUGAAGUUAAAGGGGAAAAAGAAUCAAGUUGGCGGAGAAAAUUUGAUUGAGAAGGACAAAAUGCACAAGGAGCGCGAUGAUAUAGAUGUAAAGAAUGAUGAAUCUUAUCAAUCACGUGUUCAAGACAAGCAAUUUCUUUCCAAAAGGUCUGGUGGCUGGAUAUUUCCAGAUGAAAGAAGACGGUUAUGUGUCACGACAAGUGAUAAUCAGAUACAAGAUCUGGCGGGGGGAGGGCGCAUUAGCUAUACAUUCGUCCGUAAAGGGGAAAUGAAGAUUUCAACGGAAGAGAGCAGAGGUACCUCAGAAACGAAGGCAAAUGGGGGCAAGAGUGAACAUCAAGAAAUGAUCAAACCAGAUAGUUCAGAUGAUGUAAAACCGUUUGAAGGAGCACUUGCCAAGGCCCUAAAAAUUGCAAUAAUGGUUGGGUUCGGGACUCUUGUUCUCUUUACUAGACAAAGGAAAAAGAAGAAAUAACCAGUUUAGUGAAUGAUCCAUACAAAUCCUAAUCAAGGGGAUGGAAGCUGUUACUUCCAUAAACUGCAAACCAGUUUUUCUUCUCCCAUUCUUUUUUCUUAACCAUGUACGCAAUAUUAACAAAUUUUGAUCGUUCGUACAGAACAUGUCAUUGAUGUAUUUGCAAUUUCUUUCUUCACUCUCAUUGUAUAAAUUUUUUUCUUAUCUUAAAUAAAUCAACUUUAUAUUCUGAUGUUCA